ACAAGAGGGUUGCCAAUGAAGGCAUUAAAGCAGGUUGAUUUUCCCUUUAUAGGAAACCUGGAACAUGAAACCACUCCAUCCUUGGUGCUUUCUGUGUAUCUGCUAUGGUUCAAAUGUUGUCACAGUGCACCUAUUUGGAAGGACACAGCUGCUACAGAUGGACGCCUGAAGAGUAUGCUUGGUUUUCUAGAGACAGAUACAGGAGGAGAAGUGAAGAAGGCUUUGAAUGGCGCUAGGCAGAUGAAAAUCAUGAUGGAAAGGAGAGAGACAGAGCACGCACAACUGAUGAAAACCUUGAAGAAAUGUAAAGAAGAAAAGCAGGAGGCCCUAAAACUCAUGAACGAAGUGCAAGAACAUUUGGAAGAAGAAGAAAAGUUAUGCCAGGCAUCUUCUGUGGAUUCCUGGGAUGGAUGCCGGCCAUGUCUGGAAAGUAACUGCAUGAGACUUUACACAGCUUGCCAGCAUGUUUGGUCCUCUGUGAAAAGUAUGGCAGAGAUAUUCACAGAGGGUGGUGACCCACAGAGUGUGCUCUGCCCCAGUAAAUUCUUUGAUUGGCCUGGAUUAUCCUCCCCACUUCAGGAAGUGAGCCAGCUGGGUCAGAGAGACCUGCCCCCAGAGAUGUUACCUGAGCCAAAUGGAGGAAUGUGCGAGGAAUUUAACCACAAUUUAUCCGGAUGUAUGAAAUUUCACAAAAGAUUCCAAAAAUGUCAUAAUUACCUAUCUGAAGGUGGUGCUGUCUACUACAGAGUUUACAACUGAAUGAUACUUCCAUCAUGGAAACAGUUGUGCUAAAUUCUGGGAGCCUGUUACAGUGCCACCUAAGUGAGCUGAACCCUCCCCCAUUAAAUAAUAAUCAGUAUAAUCCCCCAAAACAUGCCCAAAGGCCAAUCUAAUCUAGGCAGUUCUCUCAGGUGAUUCUAGGUUUUGUUUACAAUUAAAUCUAAAUAGGGUAAGUUAAUAAAAUCAAAGUUCAGGAAAGAUGAGAUUCUUUAACUGCAAAGUUAUAAAGCGCUUGCAUCCAGCUUCCUCACAAAACAAAGACUGCUGAAGUGUUUCUGCCAAUAGGAAGAGUCACAGUACAACCAACAGGAACCUUUAUCCUCUCUGCUGCCUCUCCUCUGCUCUUCAUCAGCGAGUGAAUCUCGGCCAGUGUAGCUCUUUAGAAAUGAGGAAGGACAGAAUUCUCCUGUUCUUGAACACAGUGAUAUAAAAGACACACUGAC